AUGAUUCCAAUCUUUACACAUGAUAUUCUCUAUGACAUUCGACCACUUGAAUUUGAAAUUGGUGUUAAAAAUGAAUUUAAAAUUAUUGCUAAACGUCCAGAUGGUAAACCAAUUGAAAUGAAAAAUAUUAUUGCUACCGGUACAAUGAUAAUGGAUGAUGAAUAUGGUAAAAAACAUGUUGAAGAAGUAGUUGAAAUUAAAGAUUUCUGUAAACGUGAUCGUAAUGAUAUCGGUUUCUUCAAUCUUGAGAUUCCUAAAAAUUGUAUCGGUGUUCUUAUGGCUAUAACAUCAUUAGGUGAAGAUGGUAAAAUGCGUCAUUAUCGUAUACAUGCUCUUCCAUUUAUGCCAAAACGUCGUCGUCAUGGUGCUAAAUUAUCUAUUGAACUUUUACCAUCAACAGUAGCUACAUUUAAUACAACUGAUACAGAUGUUAAUGUUCCAGUUAUUAGUUCACCAGAUUCAACAGCUAGUCGUCCAUCAAAUUUUUAUAUUCAAUUAAUUCCAUCAAAAUCUGUAGAAAAUUUCGAACGAUUACUUAUGUCAUAUGUUAUUAUGACUAAUGGUCGUAUAACAUUUACUGGAAAAUUUUAUGCUGAAUCAAUAAAAGAAUGUCCAACAACACCACUUUGUUCAAUUAAAUCAGAAGAAGAAAAACCAUUAGUUUGUGUAUUUAAAGGUAUUUUACCAAUUUUAAUAACACUUGAUAUGAUGCCAUAUUCAACAUUACUUGUUUACACAUUUCAACCAACAUUCGAUUUUUAUGUUGUUGAAUCAUAUCGUUUUUCAGUUGCUGAUCUUUUUCAAAGUUCAUUAAAAUUAAAUGCAACAAUUGUUCCAUUUAUGCCAACUGAAAAAAUUAUUGAAAAUGAUAGUUUUAUGAAAGAAAUGAAUGUUAAAUCAAUAUAUAUUUCAAAUAAAAUACAAGAAAAAACACGUGUUGAACUUUCAUUUACUGGUGUACCUGGUUCAACCAGUUGGUCUUAA